GAAUUAUACGCGAAUUAUACGGUACACCUUAUUAUACGUGAAUUAUACGGCAGAUUUUACAAAAUUCGGAUACGUGCGUUUUAUACUUGAAUUAUACAGCUGUCCGUAUAAUUCGCGUAUAAUACGCGUUUUUACUAACUAGGAUUCUAUGGACACAUUCACCGAAUUUGCCAUAUAAUUCGUGUAUAAUACGUGUUUUUACUAACUAGGAUUCUAUGGACACAUUCACCGAAUUUGAUUUCAUUGAAUUGAUGUUGGUGACAUGGCGAUCUCGCGGAAUAAUCUGUGUGGUUGAAUAGUGUAAUCAGGCCAACCGUCACAUUGGCCGUAAAUGCAUCUUAUCAAAAUUUCUGUGGCUGCAAAAUCCUCCCAGCGGUUUCAAUAUCUCUUUCUUUUUCACUCUUGCCUGCUUUAAUAUCUCUUUCCUGUUCAAUUUUUGUCUUCUAUAAUCUUUGCAAAGAGAAAACGUGAUACACAAAUAAAAUAUUGUUUUAUAAAGAUAAAAUUUUGAGGGCCAACUAAUGUGUUAAACAUUCAUCUUGUGACAGAAUUGGAUUGUUGUGCGUGCAUAUUUACUAGAGAGACGUUUUUAUUUGAGUCAAGAAUUAUUUGUUCCUAUAUGUGUAAAAAAUCUUUCCUUCUGGUUCCUAUAAAUAGGGCUGAAGAAGAAGGAAAGGGUACAGGAGAUAGAGGCAUGGCUUGUGAAAAAAGCAAGAUAUUGAUAAUUGGAGCAACUGGGUAUCUUGGGAAAUACAUGGUGAAUGCCAGCGUUUCUAUGGGCCAUUCAACCUUUGCCUUUGUUCGUCCUCUCAAGCCGAAUGCUCAUCCUUCCAAGCUACAAAUUCACCAAGAAUUCCAAUCCAUGGGAGUCACUCUAUUCCAAGGAGAGAUUGAUGAGCAUGAGAAAUUAGUUUCAGUGCUUCGACAAGUAGAUGUUGUGAUUUCUACUCUUGCAAUUCCUCAACAUCUUCAACAACUCAAAUUAAUUUCUGCAAUAAAAAAAGCUGGCAACAUAAAGAGAUUUGUUCCAUCGGAAUAUGGUAAUGAAGUUGACAGGGUAAGCGCACUCCCUCCUUUUGAAGCUGUGCUUGAAAACAAGAGGAAAAUUAGAAGGGCAACCGAAGAAGCUGGAAUAUCAUAUACUUAUGUCUCCGCAAACUCAUUUGCAACUUAUUUUGUCCAUUAUCUUCUCCAUCCAAACGAGCAACGCAAUGAAGUUAUAGUUUAUGGAAGUGGUUUAAUUAAGGCUGUGUUGAAUUAUGAGGAAGAUGUUGCAGCCUAUACAGUCAAAGCAGCAACAGAUCCAAGGGUUGCCAAUCGUAUAAUAAUCUACAGGCCCCCAGGGAACAUUGUAUCACAAUUAGAUUUAAUUUCUGCUUGGGAGAAGAAAACCGGAAGAAAUUUGAAGAAGAUUCAUGUUGCUGAGGAAGAAAUCAUAAAACUUUCUGAGGUCACACCACCACCGGGGAAUGUCCCUCUUGCAAUUUUGCACAACAUAUUUAUCAAAGGUGAUCAAAUGAGUUUUGAACUAACUUCAGAGGAUUUGGAGGCCUCCCAGCUAUACCCUGAAUACAAGUACACUUCAGUUGAUGAACUUCUGGACAUUUGCUUGCUUAAACCCACGAAGGUCAAAUUGGCUACAUUUUAAGGUUGCGUUUGGUUAGGGCUCCUGAAAGAUUACACUGGUAAUCUAUCUUUUAAUAAGGCCAUUGUCUUGUUUAGUUGAGCAGGUAAUAAAAGAUUCCGAUAAUCUUUUAUUAAUCAAGUAAUAUGAGAGGUGAUACAGGAGUUAUGUGAUUACCUACUCAAAAUGUGAUAUUUUAAUAUUAUUGUGGUAAUCUUGGCUCUGUUUGGCUUAUUAUUUCUA